AUGAGUGACCUAGGGAAGAACCUCCUACUCUUGAGGUUACCGAAUGAGCAUGGGGAUAUAGACCCCCAUCGAGGAAGUGUUACUGCACACACUCUGGAGCAAGACCUAGGCCAGGAAUAUCCACCCGGCACUAGACGUAUAAAUAACCAACUCCGUCACAACAAUCGCCCUAUCCGGUGCAAAGGGGACUUCUGGGUCUACGAAGACAAUAACAGAUUCGCCCCUCCGAAUUACGAUAACUGCUCAUACCGAAACGGGUGUUAUUACUUCACCCUUGAAGACGGAACAGAAGAAGAGGAUAUUUGGAACGAAGAAGAGAGCCAGUGGGAACUAGCACCCCAAUACAGGGAACCGGCGCCGAAAUUCAUGCUCCAAUGCCUCCUUCUUUUCGCAGCAGAAUCCGAUCGGUACAAGACCGAUCAAGACAAGAUAUCCCUUGUGCUCUCAUGCAUGAGAUAUGGCACGGCAGGAGCUUGGGCUGAGAACUUCCUCCUCAAAUCAGUAGGAGUGGACCCUCCCACUGAUUUAGGCAAGACCGAUAAAGCGCGAAGCGCACUCAUGGCCUUCUCCCAAGGACAAAUGACGGUUGAUGAAUACUCCAACCAAUUCAUUCUCAUUGCUGCCGAUGCCGACAUCUCCGACAAGGAGCAAGUCCCUUACUUCCAACGCGGGUUAGACCCGCGCGUCAUGGACAAAAUAUAUGACAAGGAAGUUCAACCAAAGGACACCAUUCAGGAUUGGAUUAACACCGCCUGCGAAAUAGACGGACGACUCCAAGCUAGAUCCGCUCAAAAGGCCAUCCUUGCCAACUCCACCUCCUUUCGCAGCGAUUAUUUGAAUCGUUUCCACACUCAACCAGCCGUCCGUUAUAACUCCACAACUGCCCCUCGCAGAAUGAACAACCAGGUGGUUGACAUGGACAUCGACACUACCAGGAAGCGUAACGCCGAAAGUCAAAAGAGAAAAUUUGACGGCAAGCGAACCACCUCUUGUUCAAAUUGUGGAAAGUUAGGGCACUCUGGCGCUAACUGCUGGUCGGCCUGUAGAAGCGUUCAACCAGUUCAAGGAAACUCGAAGAGACGCUUGGGUACGACAGGGAGAAGAAACCACGUGGUCGAUUUGGAAGGAGAAGACGACGCACCCGCUAUGGGAGACCAAGCGGGAAUAUAUCGAGGAGUGGAGACAGAGGAUGUUCCUCGCAACGACCAGCGGGUACCACAACCUGGUCCUUCGAUGGAACGUCUUUACUCUGCCCCAUCUGGACGACCCCAAAAAGACCAUGGGCAACGCGUUAUGUUACCUGACGGACGACAGGGAGACGGAAGCAUCAGUCAUUCUGCUCGGAUCGGAGCAGUGCUAGGAGAACUAGGAGAAGAUGAAGCCAGAGAAGUAUCAAACAGGGAUCAAUACGCUGGAGCAAAGGCGACCAUCGACUCAGCAUGCGAAGGGGUUAUAGUAAACGAGACAUGGGUCAAGAGACAUCGUUUCCCCACCUAUACACUCAACAACCCCAUUCGCGUCCGGAACGUCGAUGACACCAUUAAUAAAGCAGGAAAAGACGACCUCAUCCUAGGAACAGAUUGGUUGAAAUACCACGAUCCCUCCAUCGAGUGGAGGCGACGUGAAGUGCACUUUGAUUGGUGCCCCCAGAAAUGCCAACAACCACAUGGGUUCACUAGGGCAAGGGAAGAACCGCAAAACAAUAAGUGGUUGUCAGAUGUGGAGCCACGGCACAAACCACACAUUAGCGAGUGCGAAAAACAGCGCCUAGAACAUCUCCGAAGACUAUCGGAAGAUGUCGGACUCCGCGAUCAUAGCGGAACGUUUGGUGUCCAAUUACGAGCAUACCUCAAAAGGAAAUGGCUCCUACGGGACAUAAGGAAAUACGCAGAAGAGAAACGGAAGGCUCAAGCCAAACCACCUCUUUCACCAAACGGGGGAGAACCUGAUCUCCCACACAAAAACUCAGGAAAACAGGCCAUAGAGGAACCAGUUAUUCGGAAACUGGCUCCCGAACCGUCAGGAUUUGCCAGCUUCGACCAGGACUUGGAGGACGAAAUCGUCGUCACCAAUCUAAAGGAAAGAGUCCCCAAGGCGCAUCACGAAUUUUUGGACAUCUUUAGCGAACGAAAGUCGCAGCGACUCCCAGAGCACACUUACUGGGACCACGCCAUAGACCUGAAACCGACUUUCAAACCUCAAGCGUCCAGAUCUAAGUGA